AUGCGCCUCUCAGAUGUCAGCGUCAGCUUACAGGGGAUGAUGUCGCUAACGCCAUUCUCGGAAACGCCCCCAACGUCCCCCAAUGCCCCGAACUUCCCCGCUGCCCUACAGCGCCUUAUGCCCUGGAACCUCCCCUCACCACCAACACCACAGCGGGAGCGGGACCAGGCUCGGACUAAACUGGCGGCGGGGCAUCCAGGCAUCCACGACGACUUGGACAGCUUCAGCUCCAGCACCUCAAACUACAAUCACUCGACAAGACAUACAAAAACAGCUGCGCCGACGAGAAAGAGUCCAAAUCCCCAUCGCGGCCCGAAUAAAUCGAAUCGCCGACCGAAUUGGCUCUACCCCGAUCAAAAACAACAAGAAGACCAAGCUCCCCUCCUCGACCAGGCUCACCCACCACCAGUACUUGCCCGUUCCGGCCCCUCAAUCCUCCCCAGUAAUACGAGUCGUCGAGCGCCCCAUUCUUCGCACCCGACGACACACAGCGAGGCUUCACCAGCGUCGUUCCCCCGGCCGCGAAGCCACGGCUAUGGGAGGACGCACAUAGCGGAAGGCAUAUCGACGCUAGAUCGAGACAGACGGCGGGGCGGCGCCGGCGGAGGAAGGGAGAAGGAACAGCGCGCGGCUGGGAUGAGCAGUUCGGGUGGCGGAGCGGGGACGGCGGCAGCGGCUGAGAAGAGGAGAAGUCUACAUGUUUCCAAGACGGGAGGUUCCAGUUCCGGCGGGGGCUCCGUGGGAGGAGGGUCAAGAGGGAGGAGUGGUAGUGUGGGUAAGGGUGCAUUGAUUGCGCCGCCGCCUAAGGCUUUCCAAGCAGGGCCGGCGAGUUCGUCAUCCUCUGAUAGGGCAGAGGAUGGACAUGGACACGGGCCCGAGGCGGGGUCUUCUGCCGGGUCUGGGAAGGAAGGGAACUCUUCUUCUUCGGGAUCGACGCCCACUCCAGUUACUGCGGCGGCCAUGGUAGCGGCGCUCAAGGAGAAGGAUGAAAAGAUUGCCAUGCUGCAGAGGGAACUAAGUAUCAUGGAGACGGAAUUCGCCAAGGAGCUGGACAGACUGUCGCAGAACGAGAGCGAGACGGCUACGUUUUGGCAGAACAAGCACAGCGCUCUGAACCAGCAGUUUCUACGCGCCGACACGGAGCUGAGGCUGCUGCGGGCGGAGGUGGAGGUACGGAGGGGCGAGAGGGAGGAGUUGAGGGAAGGGUGGGAUAUACUGAGGAAGCAGGUAAGGGAAAGGGACGAGGAGAUUGCGGGGCUGAUGGCGCAGGUGAGGGGGUUGAAGGAGUGGGUUAGCACGAGUACGAGGUCGGAUGCGCAGACGACGGAUGAAGUGUUUGGGGAGGGGAUGGCGAAGUUGGCGAAUAGUUUGCAGAAUUGGGUUAUUGUCAACUUUCGGAAAGCGAAGCUUGAUCUUAUAAAUGCCUCGCCGGAGAUGCUGGAGAACCUUCGCAAUCUUGUGCCCAUGUACGAGGAGCUCGCGCCUGUGGCCAAGGUACAUCUAUUACAGUCUGUGGUUUCCGGGAUACUGGUAGAUAUGGUGUUUAAUGCCUACUAUGUUGGUCUCUCGAAGGAGCAAACGGAGCGAUUUAGACAGAUGGAGGAUCUCCUUCGAUCCUUUGCCGACUCAGACGCGCCCAUAAACCAAUGGCGCUCCUCAACCCUCUCCAUCCUCCGCCGCGACUCCUCCAAACGCCUCGCCACCGAAACCGAAACCCUCACAGCGGCCGUCAUCGCCCGCAUCAACACGACCCUCGACGCCCUAACAGACGACUGUUCCACCCCCCAGCGCGACCAGACGCUCCGCAGCCUCGUGCAAAGCUCCGUCGACCUCGCGCGGCUGCUGGCGGUGCAAAAGGCCGAGUUCCGGGUGUGGAUGCCGGGCAUGGUGGCGCACCAGCGGACGACGUUCGACGGGCGGACGAUGGAGGAUCUGGGCGGGGAGGAGGACGACGAGGAGGGGCUCUCGGCUCGGGAGAUUUGGUGCGUGGCGUUUCCGGGGGUGAUUAAGAGGGGGGACGAGAGUGGGGGGCAUUUGCAGUUUGAGAAUGUUAUUGCGAAGGCAAGGGUUUUGUGUAGGCCGGAGGAGUGA